UGUGUAACAGAGGUUAGGGGGCAGAUAGGGGAAUUAGGGGCAGAGAGGACAGGAGGCCAGUGGCAGACCUGGCACAGGAGGAAGGGCACUGACAGCCGGGGCACAGGAGGAAGGGCACUGACAGGCCGGGCACAGGAGGAAGGGCACUGCUGCUGCUGGAACAAGCACCAUGACAUAGCAGAUAUGAGAGCCCCACACCCAGGCAGAAGGAGGAGUGCUGCAGCCUUAUCUCAGCCCCACACACAGGAGAUAUCUCUGCGGCCCAUGGAGAAGACCCCCAGGAGGUGAGCUCCCCCGGCAGACUGUGCUGUAGGUGACCCUGGUGCAGCCAUGCUGGGCGCCUCUCUCUCCCUCCCGCACAUGCUUGGAGCCGGCAGGGGCAGGUUGCUGCUGCUGUGCAGGCAGCCUGUGUACACUGGGGGCAGAUCCUAUAGGACUACACUGCCCGGCAGAUACCCCCUGCUCACCACCACCACCGCCAGGCCAGCUGCACACCAUGGAGCCCACACACUGGGCAGGACGUUAUGCCCACCCCUCUCCGGUGCCAGCUACAGGUGUCACAGUGGUGCCCCCUCCGGCAAGGCUGGGGAACCGGCAGAGGAGGGACAGGACCCAGGGAAGGAGGCCGGUGGCAGCAAGCAGAGCCUGGCCUCCCAGGACGUGAGGAGGCUGCUGUCCCUGGCUCACCCGGAGAGGUGGAGGCUGGCAGCGGCGGUCGGCUUCCUCACCGUGUCCAGUGGCAUCACCAUGUCGGCUCCUUUUUUCCUGGGCAGAGUGAUUGAUGUCAUCUAUUCCAAUGCCGCCGAGGAUUUCACGUCCAGCCUUACAACCCUCUGUGCCUUACUGAGCGGAGUCUUCCUGUGCGGAGCUGCGGCCAACGGUGUCCGCGUCUACCUCAUGCAGACCUCAGGUCAGCGGAUCGUGCGUCGGUUGCGCUCCUCGCUCUUCUCCUCCGUUCUGAGGCAGGAAGUCGGCUUCUUUGACAAAACCCGAACAGGAGAGCUGAUCAAUCGCUUGUCAUCCGACACCGUCCUGAUUGGCCGAUCUGUCACCGAAAACCUUUCGGAUGGGCUCCGGGCCCUGGCGCAGGCUUCCGUCGGCGUUGGGAUGAUGUUCUUUGUGUCGCCACAACUCGCCACCUUCGUCCUGAGCAUAGUCCCGCCCCUCGCCAUUGUCGCAGUGAUUUAUGGGAGAUAUUUAAGAAAAGUCUCUAAACUGACUCAAGAUUCCCUUGCAGAAGCCACUCAGCUGGCAGAAGAACGUAUCGGGAAUAUAAGGACCGUGCGGGCGUUCGGGAAGGAGAUCAUGGAGAUAGAGAAGUACGACAGUAAAGUGGACCACGUGCUGGACCUGACGAACAAGGAGGCCUUUGCCAGGGCCGGCUUCUUUGGGCUCACUGGCCUGUCCGGGAACCUGAUAGUGCUGGCUGUGCUGUAUAAAGGGGGGCUGCUGACUGGAGCGUCAGAGAUGACUAUCGGGGAGCUCUCCUCCUUCCUGAUGUAUGCCUUCUGGGUGGGAAUCAGCAUUGGAGGACUGAGCUCGUUCUACGCGGAGCUGAUGAAGGGGUUCGGUGCUGGUGCCCGCCUCUGGGAGCUGCUGGACAGAAGACCUGUAAUGCCCAUCAAUGAGGGCUUGGUGAUCCCACCGGAGAAGUUUAAAGGCAACCUGGAGUUCCGUGAUGUCACUUUCAUGUACCCCAGCCGGCCCGAUGCUCCGAUUUUCCAAGACCUUAACCUCUCCAUCCCAUCCGGGUCUGUGAUGGCAGUGGUGGGUCCAAGCGGUUCUGGCAAAUCUACACUAGUGUCGCUGCUGCUGAGACUUUAUGAUCCCAAUGCUGGAUCCAUCUAUAUAGACGGUCAUGAUGUGCGCCACUUGAAUCCACUCUGGCUACGCUCAAAGAUUGGAACUGUGAGCCAGGAACCGGUGUUGUUCUCCUGCUCGAUUUCUGAGAACAUCGCCUACGGAGCAGAUGACCCAUCAGCAGUUACGCAAGAGGACAUCCAUCGGGUGGCCGAAAUCGCCAACACCCUUGGCUUUAUCAAAGGGUUUCCUAAAGGAUUUAACACAGUGGUUGGGGAGAAAGGCGUCCUACUAUCAGGCGGCCAGAAACAAAGAAUCGCCAUUGCCAGAGCGCUGCUUAAGGACCCCAGAAUUCUCCUUCUGGAUGAAGCUACAAGCGCUUUGGAUGCAGAGAAUGAGUACCUCGUCCAGGAAGCCUUGGAACGACUGAUGGAAGGACGGACGGUUCUCAUAAUUGCUCAUCGCUUGUCAACCAUCCAAAAUGCCAACGCAGUCGCUGUCCUGGAUCAGGGCCGUAUAGUAGAAUGUGGGAAACACGAACAGCUGCUGCAAAACAGAGACGGAAUGUUUAGUAAACUAAUGGAGAAACAGGCCAGCCUCCUGCGCAAUAGAGACUCCAUUCUCACCGCACAACGGUGAUGAGACUCUAGACUCUUUGGGGAUUUUUUUUACAGAAGAAUUAUGCCAAUUUUUGUAUUCGUAAAGAAAAAAAAUAUUUUUUGAGGAUAGUGUUUGACAUUUUUCAUAUUUUUAUUUUAAGUUAUGAUUUUUAAACAUCGGUAAUACAUUUAACGUUCCAUUCUCAGCUUUACAGCGUAUAUGUAUGUAUAAUAAAUAUAUAUAUAUAUAUAUAUAUAUAUAUAUAUUAUAACAAACACAGACACACAUGCACACACUAUAUAAUAUGUAUAAUGGUUUUCUAUGUCCAUAUAAUUAUUUAUUACAAUUUUUAAAGUUAUUUUUCUAUUAUAAUUUUGUACCCAUCGAGACCUUCCCAGACCCUACAUCAGGCAUUCCCAACCACGGUCCUCAAGGCACACCAACAGUGCAGGUUUUAGUGGUAUCCAGGCUUCAGCACAGGUGACUUAAUUAGUAGCUCAGUUAUUUUGAUUAAACCAUCUGUGCUGCAACCAGGAUAUCACUAAAACCUGCACUGUUGGUGUGCCUUGAGGACUGUGGUUGGGAAUGCCUGCCCUACAUAGAACAGAAAAGAUGGUUGCCUAGUCCAAAAUGAUAAAGCGAUCACCAUAUCAAUCAGAAAUAUUACCUGAGAAUAAAAGAAUAUAGCCAGAACCUUGUGCUAUGAGAGUAAUAUAUUUUUUUUUUGCCGUAUGUGCACAAUUUUGUUUGGUCUUAUUAAUUUAUAUAGAUUUAUUACUUUUUCUAGAACAAAUAUGUGAUUCCUACAAAUGCAGCAGCGAAUAUACAUUUAUGUAACCUAAAUACAUGUUAUGUAAUAAGUGAAUUUAGGAAAUCGCAGAUGACAGUCAGAAAAGGGCAGGAAUUCCCCAACAGCCUCUUCAUGCUCAAGUCUUAUGUAAUAUUCUGGCACAGGAAAUAAUAAAUUACAUAUAAUGUC